AAUAACACAGAUCGCGUGGUCAGUUAUAGGAAGCAAGUUGUGGAGAGGAGACAUCUGAACGCGAAGGAUACUCAACUUCGUUCAGCGUGUCACACAAACUGUACAAGGUUUAAGAGCCUCCCAGCAACAAUGGCCAAGAAGAAGCCACAGCCACAACCUGUGGCCAAUACAAGAGAUUGUUUCCGAGAAGUGUUUGGCUUCUCGCUGGCCGACCUGUCUUCGCCGUCUGCCGCAGUACGUCUGCUGUGUCGUCCAUCUGACCCAGCCUGUCUUGGGGUUACUCGCUUCCUGUUUGGUCUGUUGAUGCUGUUUGACAUUCCCCAGGAGAGAGGGCUGGGGAUGGCGGAUGUGCGCUGGGGCAAUGCAGACGAGUGUCGGUUCCCCCUUUUCAACUUCCUCCAGCCUCUUCCCCUUGUGUGGAUGUACAUUGUAUACCUCGUCAUGCUUCUAGGUGCAGCAGGUAUCAUGCUGGGCUUCAUGUUCCGCUGGAGUUGCCUGUCCUUCCUGGUCCCCUACUGGUAUGUGUUCCUGCUGGACAAGACAUCCUGGAACAAUCACUCCUACCUGUACGGAGUCCUGGUCUUCGUUCUGAUGUUCUCUGAUGCCAACAGAUACUGGUCUGUGGAUGGCUUGUUAUUCCCAAAGAUACGGAAUGCUCAUGUUCCACUGUGGAAUUACACUCUGCUUAGAACCCUGGUGUUCCUGGUGUACUUUAUCGCUGGCCUGAAGAAGCUGGACCUGGACUGGGUGCGUGGCUACUCGAUGCAAGAACUGUCCAAGCACUGGGUGUUUGACCCCUUCAAACUGCUGCUGACAGAGGACCAGAUAGACAUUUAUAUUGUGCAUCUAGGCGGAUUGACCCUUGACCUGUUUGUUGGCUUCCUUCUGUUCUUCGACAAGACACGAUGCCUGGGGAUGUUCUUCUGUUCCAGCUUCCAUCUCAUGAACUCCCAGAUGUUCCAUAUUGGUAUGUUCUCGUGGAUGAUGCUUGCCACACAACAAGUCUUCUGUUACGCUGACUGGCCACGACGGAUGUUCAGAAAGGUGCCUCCAUCACUAAGAGUACUCUCCCCUGAUGACGAAGACAUUCAAACCAGCAGCCAUUGUCUAUACAACAAGGAGGAUGUCAAACCGGAGAAGGAGUCUGGAGUGGGUUCAAGAAAGUCGCCCUCAAGUGUGUUUGUGCUUGGAGCUGCCUCUCCAACCAAACCAUCUCUGUACCACAAGACAUCCAGCAUCUUCACUCUGUGCAUCAUUUUAAGCCAGCUCUUCCUGCCUUACUCCCACAGUCUCACCAAGGGCUACAACAACUGGACGAACGGCCUGUACGGCUACUCCUGGGACAUGAUGAUCCACUCAUGGUCCGUGCAGCAUGUCCGCAUCACCUACGUCAAUCGGGACACUGGGGAGCAGGGCUAUCUCAACCCUAAUGCAUUUUCUGGUUCUCGUCGCUGGAGUUCCCAUGCGGACAUGUUAAAGCAGUACUCCCAGUGUAUUGCCAGUCACCUGCAACUCUACAACAUCACCAACAUCGCCCUGCACUUCGACAUCUGGAAGUCCAUCAAUGACCGAUUUCAACAGAGAAUGUUUGAUCCUCGGGAGGACAUACUGGCAGCCAACUGGAACCCCUUCCAGGCAACGGCAUGGACGAUGCCUCUGUUGAUAGACCUAUCUGACUGGCGGGGAAAGCUGGCGGAGAUACAAUCGUCACUACACAACUCCACCAACCACACAGACGUUGUCUUUGUAGCAGACUUCCCAGGUCUCUUUCUGGAGAACUACGUACAGGAAGAUCUGGGGAACACGUCCAUUACAGUGCUGAAGGGCAGGGUGGUUGUGGAGUUGGUGGAGGACCGAGUCAACUAUACGCUGAUGGAGGGAGAGACCAUGCAGGUUCCUCCGGGAGAGUUCCACAAUGUGUACACAGUCUCAACAACGUCCUCCUGCUACAUGUACAUCUACGUCAACACCACAGAAGUGGAGUUCCUGGAGAACCUCACCAAGUAUGAGAACGCAAUCACCAGCACGGAACACAAUGAUUCAGACAGCCAGGCCAACAUAACACUGACCAGGUUCCAGCAAGACCCCAUGCUGGACCAGUACAAGGAGGCUCUUGCAGCCAAGAAAGCAGAGGAAUCAAGGAAAAAGAAGACUUCCAUAGAAAGAAUAAAACAGUUCCUGGUUAAAAAAUAUAAUCUUUUUAUGAGGAGUUUUCGAUUCACUUGGGGAGCAGUGAAAAGCAUUGUUACGAACAAAUCCUUUGAUGAAUUUCUUAAUGAAACAUACGUUUGGGAGACAGAAAAUUUAAUCAAUGCCUCCGAGCUGGAUCUGUCACCAUGACAACAAGGGCCCAAGUUUCCAUGAGCUGAUUGUGAUAACAUGUGAGAAUGUGUGGACAGAUGUCGUGUAGCUUUAGUCUGUGAACUCAUAACAGCUGGUUUCAUUAAGGCUGUCUUCAGAGGAGGGUUGCCUCUGAAAUAAGACUACGGUGCCUGAUAUUAGGGAUGUCUGUUCAUAACAAAUAUAAAGAAAUGAUGGAACAGGAAACCGUUCCAAACACUCUUGCUUCAGUUAUCACAAGUUUAAAAGGAGCUGUUGAAGGGUUCUAUAAAUUCAUUGAUAGUUUUGAGAAAGGAAAAUGCAUAGUGCUAAAAGGGAAGACACUGACUCCCUGGCACCGUCGCAUAAGUUGAAACACUGUCGUGACAAGCAUUUGUUAACAUAAUGUGGUGUAAUAUUACCUCUUGCUUGAGUCAAGACAAGAACAUAAUGAGUGAUUUGUACCUGUCUUCAAAACAAGAUGAAAAAUUAACUGUUUUGACUCAAUAAGUUGUGGAACCUUCGGAUGAUAUGUCUCUUCUCCAAAUGUCUCUUCAAGAUGUGCAAGAAUCAUAAUUCCAAAAUGGCUGCUUAGUGACAUGGAAGAGUGAAAGCUCAAGCAUUGACAUCAUUAACUUGUGAAGAAUCUUCCACUGUUUCAUCAGCCAAUCAACGGUCAUAUGAGAAUCUUCCACUGUUUCAUCAGCCAAUCAAUGGCCAUCGAAGAAUCUUCCACUAUUUAAAAUCAGCCAAUCAACAGUCACAUGAGAAUCUUACACUGUUUAUUCGGCCAAUCAAUGGUCAUAGGACAAUCUUCCACUGUUUAUUCAGCCAUUCAAAUUUAUAAUCACAUUUAGCUGGCUGUAGAGCAUUCAAUCAAAUGUAUAAAUUGACUGUAGAUAUAUAGUCCCAGGAAGUAGAAUGUCAUUUUCAUAAGAAACACCAUAGUGAAAGGUGUAUUUAGGAAACCUUCACUAAUCACUCAGUUAAGCAAAGUGAUGGAAUUUUCAUUUUUAACAUGAACACCAUUUGUCUAACAUCUCCCUACUGGCAAACAAAGAUAAGUUGAGCACCGACCUGACAAUUGACCCGUAUUAGCAUGUAUGAGUGCCGCCCACUGGCACUUGCCAUUGUUAGCGAAGGGGCCCCAGGUUGUCCGCAAUGAAGUGUA